CUUAAUUUAAUGACGCGUUGAAUUAUAUUAAUAUUUAUUCGAUCUAGAAAUGAAUCAACAAAGUCAUCUUAUUUAUUUUCAGGUCUAAUUUUUUUUUUUAUUUUUUGUGAGUGGAAAAAUAGACCAUACUUUGUGUAUAGUAUAUCCUAUCCGAAUACAAUUUUAAAAUUGGAUUGAUUAUUGAUUAUUGACUACUAAAAUAAGUAAGUUUGUUUGACAAAAUUAAGACUUCUUAACGAAAUUAAGAAUUAUUGUGUAUAGCAAAUUAAAAUGAGUGUAAUUAUUAUUACUGAUCAAUAAAUAUAUGGAUAAAAAUAUCUAAAAAAAAAGAGAGAGGGGCGAUUCAUUUUUAUGGUACAAAACUCAUUCAUCUCGCUUAUUUCGCAAGAAGAAAAAGAAGAAAACAGGGGAUCUGUUGAAUUUCAAGUAUUUAGUUGGACCAAUAAAAUAAGAAGACUUACUUCACAUUUGGAAUUGCACAGAAAAGACUAUUCCUCUCAAAGAGGUCUACGUAAAAUUCUGGGAAAACGUCAACGAUUGCUGUCUUAUUUGUCAAAGAAAAAGAGAGUACUUUAUAAAUACUUAAUAAAUCAGUUGGGUAUUCGAGAAUCAAAAACUCGUUAAUUUUAAGAGUCAUUUUGAACUAUUUGCUUUAUUAGAUCUUGAAUUUUGAUAAACUGUUUUUCGUUUUACGCAAUUCGUAGAAGAAUGAAUCGAGGAAAAACUUAUGAAUAUACCAGUUACAAGAAAGGAUCUCAUGAUAGUCAAUAUGGGCCCCCACCACCCGUCAAUGCAUGGUGUUCUUCGACUCGUCGUUACUCUGGACGGCGAAGAUGUUAUUGACUGUGAACCAAUAUUGGGUUAUUUACACAGAGGGAUGGAAAAAAUUGCGGAAAACCGAACUAUUAUACAAUAUCUGCCUUAUGUAACCCGUUGGGAUUAUUUAGCUACUAUGUUCACAGAAGCAAUAACUGUAAAUGGGCCAGAACGGCUAGGAAAUAUUCAAGUACCGAAAAGAGCUAGUUAUAUCAGAGUAAUUAUGUUGGAAUUGAGUCGUAUAGCUUCUCAUUUGUUAUGGCUCGGCCCUUUCAUGGCAGAUAUUGGUGCACAGACUCCUUUCUUCUAUAUUUUCAGAGAAAGAGAAUUAGUAUAUGAUCUAUUCGAAGCUGCUACGGGUAUGAGAAUGAUGCAUAAUUAUUUUCGUAUCGGAGGAGUGGCGGCUGAUCUACCUUAUGGAUGGAUAGAUAAAUGUUUGGAUUUCUGCGAUUAUUUUUUAACAGGAGUUACUGAAUAUCAAAAACUUAUUACAAGAAAUCCUAUUUUUUUAGAACGAGUUGAGGGCGUAGGCAUUAUUGGUAGAGACGAAGUAAUAAAUUGGGGUUUAUCAGGACCAAUGCUGCGAGCGUCCGGAAUACAAUGGGAUCUUCGUAAAAUUGAUCAUUAUGAGUGUUACGACGAAUUUGAUUGGGAAGUACAAUGGCAAAAAGAAGGGGAUUCAUUAGCUCGUUAUUUAGUCCGAAUUGGCGAAAUGGCGGAAUCCAUCAAAAUUAUUCAACAGGCGCUGGAAGGAAUUCCGGGGGGGCCCUACGAGAAUUUAGAAAUACGAUACUUUGAUAGAAAAAGGUAUCCAGAAUGGCAUGAUUUUGAAUAUCGAUUCAUUAGUAAAAAACCCUCCCCCACUUUUGAAUUGCCGAAACAAGAACUUUAUGUGAGAGUCGAAGCCCCUAAAGGGGAAUUGGGAAUUUUUCUGAUAGGGGAUCAGAGUGGUUUUCCUUGGAGAUGGAAAAUUCGACCACCUGGUUUUAUCAAUUUGCAAAUUCUUCCUCAGUUAGUUAAAAGAAUGAAAUUGGCUGAUAUUAUGACAAUACUAGGUAUACAAGAUAUCAAUUCUUUUUACAGAGUGGAAUCUUUAAAAGGGGUCUAUGGAAUUAUAUGGGUGCUUGUCCCUAUUUUUACUCUUGUAUUAGGAAUCACAAUAGGCGUACUAGUAAUUGUAUGGUUAGAAAGAGAAAUAUCCGCAGGGCUACAACAACGUAUUGGACCCGAAUAUUCCGGUCCCUUAGGAGUUCUUCAAGCUCUAGCAGAUGGGACAAAAUUACUUUUCAAAGAAAAUAUUCUUCCAUCUAGAGGAGAUACUCGGUUAUUCAGUAUCGGACCAUCCAUAGCAGUUAUAGCAAUUCUACUAAGUUAUUCAGUAAUUCCUUUUGACUAUCACCUUGUUUUAGCCGAUCUCAAUAUCGGGGUUUUUUUGUGGAUUGCGGUUUCAAGUAUUGCUCCCAUUGGACUUCUUAUCUCAGGAUAUGGCUCAAACAAUAAAUAUUCCUUUUUAGGUGGUCUACGAGCUGCUGCUCAAUCGAUUAGUUAUGAAAUACCAUUAACUCUAUGUGUAUUAGCAAUAUCUCUACGAUUAUCUAAUAGUUUAAGUACAGUUGAUAUUGUUGAGGCUCAAUCAAAAUAUGGUUUUUGGGGUUGGAAUUUGUGGCGUCAACCUAUAGGGUUUAUCGUUUUUCUAAUCUCUUCCCUAGCAGAAUGUGAGAGAUUACCUUUUGAUUUACCGGAAGCGGAAGAAGAAUUAGUAGCGGGUUAUCAAACCGAAUAUUCGGGUAUCAAAUUUGGUUUAUUUUAUGUUGCUUCCUAUCUAAACCUAUUAAUUUCUUCAUUAUUUGUAACAGUUUUGUACUUGGGCGGUUGGAAUAUCUCUAUUCCAUACAUAUUCGUUGCCGAGCUUUUUGAAAUAAAUAAAGCACGUGAGGUCUUUGGAACGACAAUUGGUAUCUUUAUUACAUUAGCCAAAACUUAUUUGUUCUUGUUCAUUCCUAUCACAACAAGAUGGACUUUACCUAGGCUAAGAAUGGACCAACUAUUAAAUCUGGGAUGGAAAUUUCUUUUACCUAUUUCUCUCGAAACAAACAUAAAGAUUUUCAUAGAUAUUUACGAUAUGUUCCCUAUGGUAACCAGGGUUAUGGAUUAUGGUCAACAAACAGUACGAGUUGCAAGAUAUAUUGGUCAAAGUUUCAUGAUUACCCUAUCCCAUGCAAAUCGUUUACCUGUAACUAUUCAAUAUCCUUAUGAAAAAUUAAUCACAUCAGAACGUUUCCGCGGUCGAAUACACUUCGAGUUUGAUAAAUGCAUUGCUUGUGAAGUAUGUGUUCGUGUAUGCCCUAUGGAUCUACCUGUUGUUGAUUGGGAACUGGAAACUAAUAUUCGAAAGAAACGUUUGCUUAAUUACAGUAUUGAUUUCGGAAUCUGUAUAUUUUGUGGUAACUGCGUUGAGUAUUGUCCAACAAAUUGUUUAUCCAUGACUGAAGAAUAUGAGCUUUCUACUUAUGAUCGUCACGAAUUGAAUUAUAAUCAAAUUGCCUUGGGUCGUUUACCGAUGUCAGUAAUUGACGAUUAUACAAUUCGAACAAUUUUAAAUUCACCUAAAAUAAAAUAAAAAAAAAAAGAAGUAAAUCCUUUGA